AGACCACAACAUGGCGACUCCACUACGAAUACCACAUUUUCCCCAGGAUGACUGGAACGACACCGAUGAAGACUAGACAUACACACGGGAAGAUAAGGUUACAAUUGAAUCCGUCCGGAAAAGAAUGACCACAAACUUCCCUGUCGUCUUUUAACCCUAUAGUUGCGUUCCGUGAGCUUGUACAGAUUUGGUAAGUUGAUAUCUUAUUCGUAUCUCUGGCUUCACCGUCCUGAGCUAACCGCCGUGCAGGACGGAAUCAUCAAAUCUUCCGGUACAGGGGAGAAUGGUUUUCGCGUUAUGCGCGCAGACUAUGAGAAGGGAAUUAUAUUUAGAGGUACCGGACCAGACAACCUCUCAUGGGGCGUCCGGAAGUUACGCCGUGCUGGGGAUAUAUCAGGUGGUUUAAGCUGAACGGAGUCGGCACUGUCGAGGUUGCCAACCGACAAGCUACGCUCCAGCCCUGGCAUCUUGACAUGGGAGGAACAAGCAAGAAGAACGAAGUAAAUCAGGCGGGAGCCCGCGAAGAAGGCCUCAAAGUUGCUCUUUUAAUUUUGUUGAGGGGACCUCAAAACCACGCAGUACAAUGCCGUUCUGGAGGCUUUUAGUGGUCCUUCAACUUUACUAACCAGCGAAGACUUGUGGCCAAUCUUGCUAGGAUGACGCCUGCCGCGAUAGAAAAGGCUAUCCUACGCGUUUGGGGCGAGGCAUUUCGUUUCAAAUACGGCUUAGUCGCUGAGUACCAUGAACUCCUUAACUCUGAGAAGCCCGAGUUUGCGGAUGUUUCACAGGCGGAACACCAUAUCUCUUGGAUAUCAUCACGAGUAAAGAAAGGAGAACAUUAUUUCAUAAGGCUAGCAAACAGCUCGGAUCCUAGCUCGUUCCUGAUGCAUUCCGAUAAGCCAUCUCUUAUAGCACAUGUGUCGGAGAUAACGAGUAUCGUUACUGGUGUAUUGGUUAAAUCUUUCGGGAUAUUAGAUAAUCUUGUAGGGGAGUGAGUUGGAAACGGAUAGUUGCUGAAUAUAUGGAAGUGAAGUUGUAAUGAAGUUGUACUUC